GAAUCAUGUUGGUCCCACUGCGUCUUGAGUGAAGGCGCCAAUUCAAACCAUUUUUGUCAAAAAUGAAGAAAGAGAGCAAACGAAACUUGGUGGCUUCUUCCAAAUCAGCGUUCACACUUGAAACGUUACCUUACGUACCGCUGCACAAAUUCUGCACUAAGAAAUUGCUCGAAAUCGCAUUGGUGGCUCCACUGACAACCAAUGAUCAAAAAUUUUUGGACCAAAUUAUCGAAACGGGGAAACAAUUCGAGUAUUUGUCGGAUGUUCACUUCAUUACGUACACCGAUGUAUUGGAUUUGGUCGAACGUUUGUCCCAGAAAAAACACACCGACUUGCCUAAACUCCUGAAACAAUGUGCGGAAGACUUUGUCUUGAAGCAGUUUCAAGAAAUAAGUGAUUUAGCUGUGAUGACCAAACUCAAAAUAAUCGAGUGUUUGUACACGAAGUACAGUUCGGAGGUGAAGAAAAUGCAACGAAGUCAGGAAUUACAUGAUGAGCUGAACGCAUUGCUUAAAGAUUGUGAAACGAAGGAGAAGAAAAAGGGUAAAACUAAGGGGAAGAAAGGAAAAAAGGACAAGUCUACCAAGAGCAAUAAAACAAAAAAGAGCAAAAGUAGUCAACAAGAAACCAAACCAGGUAAAACUAAGGAGAAGAAAGGAAAAAAGGACAAGUCUACCAAAAGCAAAAAAACAAAAAAGAGCCCAAACAUUCAACAAGAAACCAAACCGGAACGAGAAAAAAUCGUCGAAGACUACACAAAAAUCGUCCUCAAAGACAACGAAGUCACUUUCGACUACAACGUCGACAACCACGUCACUUAUUUCGUCUUGAGCGGUUUUUCGGACCCUUUGCUGUUCGAAGAGUUGUCCAAAAUUGAUGUUGGAGUGUCGGCGAUUAUCGACGUUUCGUUAGAAAAUUCAAACGGAACACCCUCGGAUUUUAUGGUCAAGUUAGACAAUUUGUUUCAAACACCAAAAACUUCUCAAUUUUUGGAAAACACCAUACGGAUGAAGUACAGAGGCGACGAUAAAGAACCGACGAAGAAGAACCUUGAAGAGCUUUUACGUGUGGUCAAGAAAAUUAAUUACUUCAAACGCCAACAUCUGGCCUUCAUCAGGUCGCUCAAACUGUAUGAUUUUGGCUCAUUUCGCCAUGUUGUGCUCAACGGUACGGAAAAAUAUAGUCGAAUUAUGAAUUAUUACCCGCCUGAUGUCGUAAACAUUGCCCUAAUUGUGGCCGCUUUGGUGCAACAAAUCUGUAACGAAUUGACUCCAAUUUCGUCAACUUCCGACUUGCUUCAGUCACCAUUGGGCGAAAAAACCUAUCAAGUGCACGAAGAAGACGUCCUUAAAAUGAGCCUCGAGACUUACAAAGAGCUCGGAAGGGUGUGUUACGACACAACACUUGACUACCUCAAGCUAAUCCAACCCUUGGCUCCAAUUGAAUCAAUGUCCAAAGGGACCAGACUCCAAAAUCGAGCAAUUUCAACCGAAGAUGACUGUUAUUGUGACAACACCAAAGACCUGUUCGAUUAUUUCCACUUGGCAAUGUUCAACCAAAUGACACGAACUAAAUUUGUGCCAAAAACUUCCGUUUCGACAGUUUUGGAACGCUACGACGAAGCGAAACAGUACCAAAAUUCGCUCCCUCGAGGCGAAUUUGCGUCAGAACCCGACGAAAACGAAGUCAUCAAACACUACCACAUGAAGGAGGAGUUAUCGACUUCGGUCCUUCGCCAGUUGGUUUUCAAAGCAAUGAACCGUUACUCCUGUUGGAGGCGAGAAUUUUGCGAAGAAAGCGAGUCAAUCCUUGUUAAAUUCCACGACAAUUUGGACGAUUUUGGUAUUGAAACAAAGAUCUGGAACCAGGCGUUAACAACACCGAUUUGUUUGCGCGAUUUUUGCCGCUUUGUGGCGGAAGAAAGGGAAGAAAUUGAUCAAGAGGACGAAGAAAUUGAAGAAUGUGAAGGUUUAAGCAACUUGAAUGUGCCAGAGUUGUACCAAGAGUACCACUAUUUAUUGGGUGCGUCCAGUGAACAAACAAUGGAAGAAACGAAACGAAUUUUCAACGAGACAAUUCAAGAAUUGGUUGAUUAUCCCAAUAGUCACGCUUUGAGGAGUUAUUGUUCUGAAGAUGGUUUCGUCGCGUAUGAUUUGGGGCCGAAACGUUGCCAAUUAACUGGUCAUACUACAAUUUUUCGGAGUGAUGAUGGUGUUAAAGUUACAAUAGAUACGUCAAGGUUCAUGGUUGAGGACCCAAAAUGUACAAUCACACUAACAGCAGACGACAACAGUUUGAUUUUUCAUGCGGAACGGCCUUCGAAAUUUAACUUUGUUCUAAGGGACGGCACUAUUGUCAAUUUCCUGGAAUUUGGCCAAAAUUUUGAAGAUCACCAGGUGAAAGAAGAAAGUGACGAAAAACUGAGUCAUGAUGAAUCGAUUUCAGGCGAAGAAACACAGUCAAGUUACAACGACCUUUGGUUGCAAAUUUUACGUAAAAGUAAAAUUCAAGAAACGUUUCCAAAAUUUUGGGACAAAAGGGUGCAACUAGACGAAGGGAAUUUAGAUCGUUUCUUGGAACUUUUCAAAGAGGCGGUUUACACCCAAAGACCGAUUUACAAAAUAUCAACAAAAUCGUCCCUUCGCCACUUGAAACGUAAGACUUCGCCGGUUUUUGUCCCACUUGUUAGUAUCUUGAGACGUGUCUUGUUCAAACCAGUUCGCCGGAAGCGUAAAAUUGGUUGGAGCGUCCUUAAUAUCCCUAAUGAAGUGAAAAAGGGGCCCUUGAAGUAUGAUUUUCAGAUAACCCUUCCUAAUGGAUUAUUUGUUAGUACCCUUCCGAAGAACCGUCAAGUGACUGAAGUGAAGCAAGGGUACAACUUUAAUUGUUACACAGAGAAGUACCGAAUUUUUUAUUCGAAUGGAGUGAUUGUGAUCAAAAAUUGCGACGGUUCGACGACAAUUCUUCGCUCAAACGGCGAUAUAAUCGAAUUAACGGACGAAAGCGAAUGUUACGGUGGUGACUGUGCGCGAAAUAUGGCUCAAUUUUACAAAAACCAAGACGAAGAAACGUGUCCUUAUCGAACGACUCGUUGUUCCGAAGCCCCGAAAGUUAAAGUGAGGAGUGAUUUCGUCGAUUUGUAUGAAUUUGGUGACAUUCCAUACGCGAGGAAGAGUUUAUUGGACUUUAACGGAAAAAAAGUUUCGGUUUCCGAUGGUCUAGUGACCGAAACACAACUCUAUUACGUCGUGCAAGAGCACGAUUAUCACGCUGAGGAAGUGUUUUAUGAGAGGGAGGACGGCAUGAAGUGUGUUAUUGAUAAAAAGGGGAAGCGAAUCUUCCAGUUUCCUGAUGGUACAAAAAUAACAUCAUGGCCCGAAUUUCAAAACGAUUUGAUCCAAGUCAGCACAAACCCCAAGGUGGAAGGGUGGGUUUCCGUUGUGACAAACUACAAAUUUGAACAUCCAGACUAUAUCGCAAUUCUUUACGAUGGAGUUCAGGGAACGACUCAGAUUUUUCUCAAAGAUGGUGUUCUUAAAUCGAGUCAAGAAACCUUGAUUAUGACCACGAAGAAAAAUAUAGCGUUGGAGGUUUGCUCCGACUGUAUAAUUUUCCUCAAAACUUGUGACACAUGUGAUGGUGAUUGUAUUUCUAAAAUACACCUGGACCAAACCUCCAAACUUUUGGAAGUGCAUGACACUUACGACAAGUACCUCUGGUGUGAUUCUUCAGGAAGGUGUGAAACCAAUUCUAAUUAUAUCAAAUCAGGGGUUAAUAAAAAAGGUUGUGACCAUCGAUGGAAAAACGAGAACCAACAACUAUUCAUUUUGAACGGUCGUGGUCCACCUGGAACCCUCCUCUGGAAAGACAGUUCAAUAGAAGCAAAAAUCGGGGAAAGCAAGUUAAUCAAAAGCCGCGUCGUAAAUUACAUGAACAAGUUGACCAAAAAACAAACUUUGGAGUUUUACACUGAUGUGCACCAGGAUUUUCCAGGAAGGUUCACUAUGUCGCAAAUGUACAACCACGACAUUUGUUUGUCAAAAUUCAAACAUUCGGACGAGAAACCACUAUUUUACGUUACGUAUCGGGUUUUGAUGGAGUUUCAAAACGUGGCAGAACACCCGGAAAUCAUUGCAGAAUUGGAUGAGUUUUUGGAACGGAACAGUAGAGGCAUUUCGAUUGGUUUGUUCGAAGGAAUUACAACGAUUCUAAAUUGUGUUGUUGAGGAGUUGAAACAAGACAAGUGUUUGUAUCAGGUGAGCAUGCAAGAGGUGGAAAUGUCGGACCAGACUACAAGUAGUUUGAGCAAAAGCUUAGAUUUGGAUCGGACGACGGUUCAAGAUAUUGUGGCGCAGUGGAAAAAAAGUUGUGACGAGUUGAAAUUUCUGAUAAGGAAUAGAAAGUUUCCGCCGUAUUUCCACUCAGACUAUUAUCGCCAUGUUUUGGAGACAAUAAAAACUAAUUAAUUUGUAAAAGAA